GCGUUCGUGUUAGUCGCCCCCGGAUCGCGAAACUGAUUGGAUCGUUCAAGUGCGCGCAAUCAAGUAGUGGUAGGAUCUUUAUCACAAUUCCGCGAACGGAUAGGACACAAAGAGAGACAGCUAGUGCAGAUCGUCAUUGUUCAACACAGGAACCAGUUCGAAGCAGUUACCGGAAAGUGUUUAUAAGCUUAUAAUUGCAUACGAGGCACACCAAACAGAUAAGAACUAUCUACAAGCUCACAUCGGGGCCAUUAUAAAGCUAUGGAAUGAGUGAGUUAAUAUACGUGCCAGCAGCACGCCUGAGAUUCCGCAACUUAUUGCAGUACUACAGUAAUGGCCAAGGCUAGAAGUCAACAAAACACGCCCUCAGCCGUUGCGUCCCCUUCCAGCCCUUCAUCGUCCACUAGUGCUCUAACGAGCCCAGAGAACUGCGCCGGCCCUAGUAAUUGUAGUGAUGUAGUGCAACCGAGCCAAAGUACAACGAUAGAUAAGGCCGACACAACUAGCAGCCAUAAUAUAUCGAUAUCCUCAAUCACCGAAGAUGACAACAACGACUCAAGUGCUUUUGAGACCAGUGACAGCGAAUGCGAUGAUGAGCAGAUUAAGAAGGCUAUCGAACGCAUUCCAAAAUCUCUCCAACCGGGCAGUCAGUUAGUACAGAACGGAAUGCUUGUCGUUAAGGAUGAUAACAGCAGUUCUCCAGUGUCUGCCCGAGGGCCGAAUAUUGGCAGUAUAGCAGUACAAAACUCGUCAGACAUCACGUUUGGCAACAAGACCUACAUCAAGGGGCAAGUUGUGAUAAAAAAUAUCUACCACGAUAAACAGAAUGGUGCCGUCAAUGAAGGCUAUCACGAAACCGACGGUGAACUUAAAAAUUCGAAGUCGAAUAAUGAUUCUUCGAAAGCCAGCAAAGAUCAAUCAUGGCAAUCUAGUCUAAAAGUUAUCAUCAGAGAUAAGCCUAUGCUAAGCGUAAUUGUGCUAAUAGCAGUAAUGGUCAUCAUAACAGCGAUCGUGAUCGUAGCAUUCGUCUCAGCAUCAGGUAAACCUAAAUAUAAGCGAAACUACGGCGAUGGUGACGAUGAUCGGGCGAACGUCCCUCCGGAUACUGGAAUAGAUAAAGACUUUCUCCCAGAUGCCAAACCCCUACGGAUAGUGACCCGAAACGAGUGGUUAGCUCAACCGCCAAAAGAAAACCUUACCAAACUGAAGUUGCCUGUUAACCGCGUGAUAAUUGCACACACCGCAACAGAAAACUGCCACACGCAGGCGCAAUGCACCUUCAUGACGCAACGCAUUCAAGAGUUUCACAUGGCGGACGAUUCAAAAAAUUAUUCAGACAUUGCAUACAACUUUCUGAUCGGCGGUGACGGAAACGCAUAUGUUGGACGCGAUUGGGAUAAGCAGGGUGCUCACACUAAAGGCUUCAACGUCGACAGUAUUGGCAUAGCGUUCAUUGGUACUUUUACCAACGUCGAACCGCCACUGGUGCAGCUCAGUGCAGCCGAACAACUCAUCGCUAUGGGGCUGGAAGAAAAGAAAUUGUCGGAAAACUACCGUUUAUAUGGUCACAGACAGUUAGCCCCAUUCGAAAGCCCCGGACGAAUGCUGUUCAAAAUCAUACAAAAAUGGCCCCAUUGGUCUAGCGAACUAGGGCCCAACCAUUGGCAGGAAUGAUGAUGAUCACGCUAAGGAAAAGAAGCCAAACAGUCUGCAACCACCGACCGACCCCAGCGGUUGUAUUACAAAUUCAUGUCGAAUAGCGAGCUCAAAUAUUUUUGUAUGUGUAAUUAUGUAGAUAGUGUAUAUUUUGUUUUGAAGGUUUAUUUGGCAAAUAACUGUGAUUUUGAUCGAAUAAAAUUUGUAUAUGAUUCCA